AAAGCCAGCCUUGGGUUAUAGUGACACCGUGAGUCUUGCUAUGGAAGCCAGCCCUUGGAGUUGUCUUCAGAAGCAAGCAGCUUGGGGAAGGAGUGUGGUUGACUUUUUUCUGGUGAUAACACAGCUGGGAUUCUGCAGUGUUUAUAUUGUUUUCUUAGCUGAAAAUGUAAAGCAAGUUCAUGAAGGAUUAUUGGAAAGCAGAGUGUUUGCUUCGAAUACUUCCAGUUCAUCUAGUGCAUGUGAGAGGAGAACUGUGGACCUGAGGAUAUACAUGCUUUGCUUUCUUCCAUUUGUAAUUCUUCUGGUCUUCAUUCGUGAGCUAAAGAAUCUGUUUGUGCUUUCGUUUCUUGCCAACAUUUCCAUGGCUGUCAGUCUCGUGAUAAUUUACCAAUAUGUUGUGAGGAACAUGCCAGAUCCCCACAAUCUUCCAGUAGUGGCUGGUUGGAAAAAAUACCCACUUUUUUUUGGUACUGCUGUAUUUGCCUUUGAAGGCAUAGGAGUGGUCCUUCCAUUGGAAAACCAAAUGAAAGAAUCAAAACGCUUUCCUCAAGCAUUGAGCAUCGGCAUGGGGAUUGUCACAGCUUUGUACGUUACCUUGGCUACUUUAGGAUACAUGUGUUUUCGUGAUGAGAUCAAAGGCAGUAUAACUUUAAAUCUUCCCCAGGAUGUGUGGUUAUAUCAAUUGGUGAAAAUUCUAUAUUCCUUUGGCAUUUUUGUGACAUAUUCAAUUCAGUUCUAUGUUCCAGCAGAGAUCAUUAUUCCUGGAGUCACAUCCAAAUUUCAUGCUAAAUGGAAGCAAAUCUGUGAAUUUGGGAUAAGGUCCCUCUUGGUUAGUAUUACUUGUGCUGGAGCAAUUCUCAUUCCUCGUUUAGACAUUGUGAUUUCCUUUGUUGGAGCUGUGAGCAGCAGCACGUUGGCCCUGAUCCUACCACCUCUGGUUGAAAUCCUUACAUUUUCAAAGGAGCAUUACAACAUAUGGAUGGUCCUGAAAAAUAUUUCUAUAGCAUUCACUGGAGUUGUUGGCUUCUUGCUAGGUACAUACAUAACUGUUGAAGAAAUUAUUUAUCCUAGUCCUAAGGUUGCAUCUGGCACUCAACCAAGCCCUCCUCCAAAUACGACUUCAACAUGCUUAGCCUCUGGCUUGAGGUAGAAGAAGCAGAGCUCUGAGUCCUCUGCUACUAUCUCAGUUCUGAAAAUUGUUAAAAGAAGAGCCAGAAAAUACAUCGCCGUUUCUUAAAAAUAGUGCCGAGUACACUGUUGGGUUGGUAGAGCAUUCAGACUGGACAGUAAACUAAGUCUUUCACAGCAGUGCUGUACCAUUAGAGACCCUUGGUUUUAUGCAUUAGGUAUAUAGUUUUUAAAAGUUCAUUUUUAAAUUUCAAAUAUAAAAAAUUAAAGAAUAAAAGCACUCUAUUAUUCUUCAUAUAAACACUUUAACCCAAAUUUACCUCUCUUCUCCCUGUGUUCUUCUUUUGCUGCUGAGUUGAGAAGGUACAGGAUUUCAACUAUAAGGGAAUUAAAUAAGGCUAUAUAAAUACACAAUUUUUCCAGACCAUCCAAGUGAAUGUCAAAGUAGACUUUAUGUAUAAUAUAAAGUGCAUUUGUUAUGUUUUUAUUAGAUAAACAAUACUUAUUAUUAGCUGCAGCAAGUGUAGAAAACUCCGACUAAUCAUAAUACAAGCAUCAGAAAAUCCUCCAACUUGGAAUUAUUUUAAUGCUGCACUGUGAUGGUAAUUGUUCUUCAUACCAUUUGAGAAGCACUAGGCCAGAUUCUGACUUAGUGUUUCAGUCAGAUUUGACAGGCCUUUGAAGUUUAUCCAGUACAACCAUCUUAUUUGCCGUUGGAGGAAAUAGUCUCAGAAAGGUGAAGUAACUUGUUCAAGACCUCUCAGCCUUGAGAUCAAGAAAACCUGAUCUGAUUCCCAGGCCAAGAAUUUGUUUUUCACAUCACAUCGAAGAAGAAUCAAUUAUGUUCUGUUUUAGUGUUGAGUCUAUUUAAUUCUGUUUCUAAUAAUUUUGCACUAUGGCUUCAUAAACCUCAGAAAAGAAAGAAGUAGUUGUCUUUGAAACAGAAUCGAGACACUAAUUGGUGUAACUGCUGGCUGGUAGAACAAGCCCAGUUACAGUGUUUAUGACUUGAGUUCUCCUUGUGUUUCUUAACUUUCCUUGGUUUUGUAGGCAGAAAAUAGUUAUUUUGACAAAAUACGUGAUUUGUGGACUCUUUCCAACCUUGUGGCUUUCCUUACCACAGUCUUUUACUGAUCUGGAUGUGCAGGAUAAAAGAACUAUGAAAUGCAUGCUUAGGUUCUUUCCUAAACAACAACAAACUUUCUAAUAUUGAGACACUCCAGGCAUCUUCCAGAGAAGUACCUGCUAUUACUCCAUAUUUUUCAAGCACACAAAUCUCAUUUGAUGGGGAAGAUGAAAAAUUACUAAGCUUUUAAAGCAUUCAGAAUAGGAUUGUCUCCUGAUAAUCUAAAAAGAUUCACACUUUAAAUCAUGAACUUUUUAAUCAGCUUGAUAAAUAUAGUAUUCUAAUAUAUAAUUCUAUGAGAUGCCAUUAAGCUCACUGUAUAUAUUCUCUAUUUUUGUACGUAAAUGUUAACUUAUUCAGGUAUUUUUUGCUUACAUCAUUAACUGGUCAUCAAAUAUGAGCCUACAGAUACAUCAGAAGCUUUAUUUUGGUACAAAUUCAUAAGAAUACAUUUUUAAACAUUUAUAUUAGAUAUUACCAAUAAUUGUCAUAAUUUUAUAUUAAAUUUGUUACAUUGAGUCUUUAGCACACUAGGAGAAUGUUAAAGAGGUCAUAGGAAAAGUAUCUCAGUUGUACUAAGAUUGUAUAGUGUUGAAUCCAAGAAUGAAGUAGACAUUUAAAAAUUUAUAACUUGGUAUAAAAUGAGUUGAAAAUCAUUACUUAAUAGAAAGCAGUAUUAGGUUUUUGUCACCUGUCUUUAUAUGGUAUGGCUAGUCUGUGCACAGUUUUAUCUUUGUACCUGUUUAUUUCCUUGUGGAAUUAAAUGCAAUUAAAUUUUGAAUAGUUGAUCAUAGCAAUAAGUAAUUUGUAAAUUCAGUGCAAACACAUCUUGAGCAUUAUUGUCAAGGAGGCUUUCUUAUUCAGUGAGAAGGCUGAAUUGAAUCAACAUCCAAUAUCAAAGUCACUCAAUUACAAAACCUUAAAUACAAGAAAACAGUUGAAAUGCAGAAAGGAAGAAGGGCUAAAAAAGGAGAAAGUUUUAAUCCUUAACAAGAAACAUUAUUUAGAGGCAAAGUGUAAGUGCACUCUUACUAAGGACUUUUGACAAUAUUUUCUCUGAUAUUUAGUUUUAAUGAGUCUAACAUCCUCUAAAGAUACUUUGAUUCUGUCGGUUGUUGCUUUUGUUCUGGAGCCUGGAGAAAUGAGAGCAAUUACACCUGUCAAAUUCCAUAUCUGCCGUCGUUUGAUCCAUCACAUUGUGACUAGGAUGACCUCAGCAUUUCUCUGUUACCACCAUGAAGACUCUUCUGAAAGGUGAACCUUGUCUGAGAGCCACCUGCGUGGGUGAGUGAAGAAAAGCUGUGUUACCUGUGAUGAGCUGUCACAAACCAGUUCCCUCUGUUCCCUUACCCAAAAGAGUUGUCAGCAUUCCAGUCAACUUGUUGGUGCACUGGUUCGCAGAUUUGCUGUCAGAGGAUCUUUUCCUCACAUGGCCAGAUUUCUUCACAAUUCAAGAAAUAAAAAUUAGGGAUUGUUUUUUGUUGGUUAAAGACCAGUUUACAUGGUAUUUGCAAAAGGAAGCAAGUACUGUAUUAGCAAAUGCCACAUUAUGCUUUAGUUCUGCCUUAUGGGAUUCUUUAUUAAAAUCAUUUCCAACUCAGACAACGCAGUACGUUUUUACGAGCAGCUAUGAUAGUGUAUGUGCUGUAAAUUUUGUAGCAGGUUUUGAUUUUAUUCAGUAUUUUCAUAAUAGUUAUACUUCAAAGUACUGUAAGAUGCUAAAGUCCUAUGUAAAUGCCAUUUUUAGGGGUGGAAAAUCAUAGGUCUUACCAUACCUUAAUGGUCACAUCUCAUGUCUUUGCCUUAGAGUCAACACAGUAUCUGAGUAGUGCAUUUGUUUACUGACAGCAUGUACCCUAAAAAUGUCAUCUUGUCCUCGCUUCUUAUUCUUCAUUUAAGAGGGAGGACAUAGGAAUAGAGCUAUGGAAAUAAUAAAUAAAAUUAUUUAAAUAAUACCAGUGGCUCAAUAAAGACUGUCUGUUGAGAAAUACAGUAACAUCGUAAAAAUGUGCAGUGUUGACAAUGUAAAAUAAGUUUUUAAAAUGGGGUUUAAAUUUUUUAAUUUAUUUUUACUUUUAUUACUAUUAUUUUUUGUAAAGACUUGCUAGGCAGGUGCUCUACCUCUUGAGCCAUACUGCUAGCCCUUUGUUUGUUUGUUUGUUUGUCUGUUUGUUGUUAGAUAGGGUCUUGCUUUUUCUCUGGCUUGCCUGGGACCAUAAUCAUCCUGCCUGUGUCUUCUGAGUAGCUGGGAUUGCAGAUAUACACCACCAGGCCUGGCUUAAAAGUGGGUUUAUUUUAAUCACUUUGAUUCAACUAGCUUCCCUUUUCUAAGAAAACUGGAUAAAGUGAUCUAAUAGGUAAAAUAGGGUAUCUUCUAACACUAAAUGGCUGAAUGCGAUAGUUAAUACUUAGCCAGAAUUGUUUCAUGUAAUAUGUGCUAGCCACACACCAUUCUGAAACUGGUUGGUUUUGAUCUAAGAGAUUAAAAAAUAGGAUUAAGAAAUGGUAUUUAUUGCCCUAUGAAUAGUAAAAUGACAGAGUACUCUGAUCCUUCAUGUUUAUUAUUAAAAUUGGCUACUUUGUACUUGCACAUGUGCAUACACACACAUGAAAUAGAAAUAGUAAUUUGCUAUUUAAACUAACCCAGCUGUACUGAACAGAUCACUCUAAAACUAGUGCAUUGGAGUUUUCUUGCUGAGAGAAAAAUAUGUGUUUAUACCCUGAAUAAAUCAGGUUAUAGAUUUUCAUGGUUUUCAAAAAUGGUUUUGUUAGUUUGACUGAAAACUAAAUAUCAUUGAGCUUGAGUCAGUUCUUUCAUUUUUCUUUGUAAAAGAAUAUGAAAAAGUCUGUACUGUAACUUUUCAGUUUUUAAUAAAAUACAAUUGUUUUG